AUGGAUGAGAGCUAUUCAAAUCGACCCAAUUACCAUCAUUAUCCGGACUAUGCACAUUCAGAUGGAGGUUCAGUGACACCACCGCCAUCACCAAGCUCAAGCAGUUCCGUAGUUUCUCUUGCAUCUAACAAUUCAUCGGCCUCGUCGUCAAAUGACAACAUUUCAUAUUAUCUCUUGGACACUCAGCAGGUUGCUGCACAAUCGUCGACACAACAACAAAAGCCACAAUAUAAUAAAUCAGCCGGUGCCACAAAACAUGAAACAGAUGAUGUCAAUGCAGAUUUAAAUAAUAAGUUCAAGUGUAAUUUAUCUCUCAAUGGAACCUCAUCAUCAUUAUCAUUAGCUGAUGCUGAUGAUGACAACGAUGUUGCCAAUAAUAAUCGAUUAAAACAAAAGGCUGAUGAGUACGAGCAAUCGCAACAGCAGUUGCAACAGCAGCAAAUCGAUCAGCAACGUUUGGCCGUGCUUUCUUAUGAGCAAGUUAAGAAAUUGAAUGACGUGAUGAACGAAUCAGUUUCGAUUCAUGGACGUGGAAAUUUUCCGACACUUGAGGUGUGCUUGAAAGACUUCGUUACGUUGGUUCGUGAAAAGUUAGAGUUGGAUAUUCAAGAGGGCGGUGCUGGUAUGUGUGUCAAAGAUAUUCGCCUCAACGGUGGCGCUGCUAGUCACGUUCUCGCCUAUGAAGCUCAAUGCUACAAUGACUUAGACUUAAUUUUCGCCGUGGAAUUUUCAUCAAAUCGCCAUUUCGAUCGUGUCAAGUCAGCUGUGCUUAGCACAAUUAGUGACUUGUUGCCAGAUCAUGUCAUGCGAAAACGCAUCUCACCAGGAUCAUUGAAGGAAGCAUAUGUUGGAAAAAUGGUGAAAGUAAACAACGACGGUGACCGAUGGAGUUUGAUCUCGUUAGGCAACUCACCGGGCCAUAAAAAUGUCGAAUUGAAAUUUGUCGAUACAAUGCGACGACAAUUUGAAUUCAGUGUUGAUUCAUUUCAAAUUGUUCUUGACUCGCUUCUCUUGUUCUAUGACUGUGCUGAAUUGCCUAUUUCAGAGAACUUUUAUCCGACAGUUGUUGGUGAAUCUGUAUACGGUGAUUUUCAUGAGGCUCUUUAUCAUCUCACAAAUAAACUCAUAUCGACACGACGACCGGAAGAGAUCAGAGGCGGCGGCCUCCUUAAAUAUUGCAACUUGCUCGUGAGGAAUUACAUUCCGGUUGAUCAAAAGCAGAUCAAGAAAUUGGAGCGCUACAUGUGCUCGCGAUUCUUCAUCGACUUUCCCGACAUUCUUCAGCAACGCAUUAAACUCGAAGCUUAUUUGCGAAAUCACUUCUGGGGCGUCGACGAAGAGCCAUUGCAGUAUCAUUAUUUAGUGCAUUUACAUGAGGUCGUCGAGAACUCAACUGUUUGUCUAAUGGGUCAUGAACGCCGUCAGACACUUAGUUUAAUUGAGCACUUGGCCGUACAAGUAAGUUGUAGGGAACGUCAAAAAAUGCAAUCACUACAACCUCAAUCGCUCAUGCUUUCACCGUCGCCUCAACACCAUCAACAGCAACAACAGUCGCAAAGCCAUCAUCAGCAAAUCCAUUAUCAGAGUCAAAAUGAUGCUCAAAUGGUACAACAGGUUCAACAUUUACAACCUCCACCACCUGCAAGCAUUCAGACAUCCCAAUCGAUGAUUGUCGCUCAACAACCGCAAAGCAUCACCGCCACUACAACAUCUACUGUAACACCACAACAAAUUCAACUUCAACCGACAUCGCAGCCUGGACUUUUAUAUGCCAAUGGCGUUUAUUAUGCACCGGUUACCAUUUGCACUUGUGGCAAUCAAAAUUAUAUGAUGAGUACGUGA